AUGUUCAUCGACUUGCGGCAACUGGCAGCUGCCACCCUUGCUCUGGCUUCUCUUGCAUCUGCUGCUCCUCUGGAGGAGCGCGGUCUCUUUGGCUCUGCAUCAAGCUCAUUCGUCGCGCAGCGACAGUUCACCAUCCCCUCCGUCUCUGGCGACAGAUUCUCGUACCAAGUCUCAGACUCCUACCGCAUCUCCGGCAGCUGCAAGCACGACCACCUGAAGGUCUCGAGCCACUCCGACAAAGGCAAGCUGAGCGAUCCCGACAGUCCGUGGGUGAUUCACCGUGAUCUGCCCACGAUCUGCCCGAUCGGCAAGUACUUCUUCUGGUUCUUUGACGACUCGUUCGCGUACAAGUCCGACGGCACAUUUGUCGGCGCGGCGUCCAACUCGGUCGUCGUUAGCAGAGACUCGUCCAACCCUGCUUCGGUCGAGGAGAUCUCGAUUGAGCACGACGGCACGGUCGUGGUCGCGAUCCCAUGGACUGACGAGGAGAAGGAGACCCAGUACGAUGAUGACCGCUACGCGCUCUGGGCGUUCGGACCCUGCGUCCCCAUCGACGACUCGCAUGCCUCGCAGGUCUGGUCGAUUGUCAAGUUUGCCAACUCGUCGUACUCCGAGACCGUUGGUUACACCGUUGCCGACUACUCGAUCAGCGAUGGCGCGCUCGAGGUCACUCGCCGCGAGGUUACCUCCAUGACUACGACUACCUACCCCUACGGCGCGUUUGCCUCGCUCUUGGUCAACAACGUCGUCUACAUGUACGCACUCGACUCCACUUACUCUGACAAGUACGACGUCCACCUUGCGUCUGUUCCCCGGGCGACGAUCUACGACACCUCGACCUGGAGCUACUACGACGGCGGCAGCGACAGCUGGUCGAGCAGCCCUCCCGAUGCGACCAAGCGCAACAAGGACAAGGCCGUCUUCACCGGUGAGAUGCCGUUCUCGACCGGCUCGAUGUUCUACUCCAAGUACCACAACGCCUACGUCCUUGUCUUCUUCACCAACUGGGCCGACUCCAAGUUCUACGCCAUCACUUCGCAGUCCCCGGCCGGUCCCUGGAACACGACCGCCACCUUCCUGUACGAGACCGAGGCCGGCAGCAACGGAUACAACUACGGUGGCCAGGCUGCUCCGGUUGUCGAGGACGGCACCACGAUCGGCAAGAAGAUUGUUGUGUCGUACACUUACCAGGACAACGACAGCAACUGGUACGGCAAGGCCGAGACAGUCGAGUUUGAAUAA